AUGAUACCUUCGUUUCAGUCCUUUCCUGAACUACCGUCAUCGACUCCAGCCUCUAAGACAGACGACAGCCACAAGCGACGAAAACGCGACAAGAAACGCGAAAAAUCUCCAAAACCACAAACCAGAGUCGACAGCGAGCAUUCUCGUCCACCAGAAACAUUCAUUUCGGAUCGACGCGGCGACACACAGAAUAUCCAUUACGGGAAACUCGACAGUCGAGAUGUUCCCAAAUAUCACAGUGGUCGUAUUGUUUUAGGCCUCUCGGAUUCUUUCAAAGUCACUCGUACAGGCUUUGGAAUCGAAGUAGGGGCCCGAGGGCAACGGCAGAUGCCUAGUCUGAGCGACGCAUCGUCUCGAGCGCUUCUGUCGCGUCAUCCGACAAGAAGCUUCAUUGCCACAUCGUCGUCCAAAUAUGAAGAAUACGAUGGCUUUCUUAAACUGCCUUCCCGCUCUAGUAAACAGGACUAUCGAGAUAUCGAGAAAGCUGCCAAUUCAGACACCGAGGACUCAGUAUCUUCUGCUGCUGAGGAAAGCAGCGACGAAGAAACCUUCACGUCCCACGAAAUGAAAGUUAUUAACCAGAGAUUGGCUACAGAUCCGUCGAUCGAGAAUUGGUUGCUGCUUCUGUCCCAUACACUGGCUCAUAACGUUCCUCCUGACUCGAAAAAUUCGACCAAAGCUCGAGCGGAGAUUUCACUGUCGAUUUUGUCGCGUGCACUUGUCGCAACUGGCAAGUCACCUCAAAUUCUUUCCAAGUACUUGGAGGCUGGAGAAGAUAUUUGGUCUGAAGACAAAUUGCGUUCGGAAUGGGAGGAUGCUUUGCGAAACGCAAAUGACCUUGGCAUUUGGAUGAGCUGGAUUGACUGGAGGUGGAGAGCCUGCAAGAAUGGUAUCUCGGAAUUCAUCCACGAUGUUGAGAGGGCAUCUACCGCGCUGGGCCAAGACCAAGUCUCUCAGACGAUGGUGCUUUGGCGACUUGCUGUCGCCUUAAAGAGUGCCGGUUACUUCGAACGAGCAACAGCAUUGUUCCAAGCCCAAGCCGAAAUAGCUUUCCACCUACCGUCAAGUCUUGCAGAGCAGCCAUGGACACAGGUACUAGACGCACUGGAGGAAUAUUGGGAGUCAGAAGUUCCUCGUUUUGGCGAACAUGAUUCUAUGGGAUGGGCAACAUGGCUUUCUUCCGGACGACCGGUAACGAUCCCUCCUCCUCUGCCUCGCCCAGAACCGGUCAUUGAUCUGGAUCCAUAUCGGAACUUCGCCUUCACAGAGUCUGCGAUCGACAAAGUAUCCAUCCUUGGACGUCGUUCAACUGAUGCUGAAACAGACCUCGAUCCGUACUCAUUAAUAUUAUUCUCUGAUCUACGAGGCGCUUUAUUUCCUAUGAGAACAUCUGAGGCAAAGAAUCUCUUCCGAUAUGCAUGGAUUUCUUUACUCGGUCUCAACAUGCCCUCUUUCCCUUACAUCGGCGAUAAACUUUACGAUAAGUGGGCUCUAAGCUCUUUUGUUCGACCUGCUUCUCUCAAUCGACUCUUCCCUGUCAGCCAACAACAAACAAGAAUCACCAGCGACGCGGCUGCUGGGACGAUCAUAGGUCGGCAACGUGACUACGCUAAUGGACUUGAAUGUCCAAUAGUCUCUUGGGGAUGGGAUGCGUUCCAGCCCUUGGAUGUCCCUUCUGCAUCAGGCAAAAGCACAGUGCUGUGGAAGUCAGCAGACUUGGUGGACGUCAACACAGGUUUUAUUGCCAAUCUCUUUCAGCAGCUUAGAAUGCCUGACGACCACAUCUGGGACUCUUAUGCCUUGGCUUUCACUUGCGCUGGCAGUAUCAAAACCGCUAUUAAAAUGUCUCGCGGAUUCCUUAGCACUGCACCUGACUCUAUUCAUCACUGGGCGAUGCACGGAAGAUUAGAGCAACUUCGCAACCGACCAGCUGAAGCCAGGAAAGUUUACGAGACUGUUCUUCUCACCGGUUCUCCACGCCUCGAGACUGCGCCGCUCUGGUAUGAUUGGGCUGAAAUGGAAUGGCUGGAAGGCCAAAGUGACGCGACUACUAGGGUCUUACUUCUCAGUGUCGGGAUCGAGGGCACUGGCGGAGUUCCCGUGUUGCGCGCCAAACGAAGUUUAGACGACAAUAUCAAGCGCACAGAGGGAUCACUCGUUGAGGCUUGGAUCAAACUUAGGGCAAUGCUCGAGAUGUCGACGAGUGGCCCCGAACUGGCGAUUCAAGUCUUUGCUAAUAAUCGCAGCAGUGAAAGCUUAGUCCUCGCAAAGCUGCUUCUGCUUUAUCGAUAUGGCAUGGUGCUACGGAGGCCAAUGCGACCUGGAUUGUUUCGAGAUAGUGUUGAAUCCGCCGUUCAACAAUUUCCUGGGAACUCCAUACUGUUGGGGCUAUUUUUAGAGUCACAGCGUGGCCAAGUGAUGUGGGGAAAAGUAAGAAACAGACUUGUUCACGAGGAGAAAAAUGUUGUGCAGCGAUUGCAAGAUGUGUGGAUUGCGGGCUGGGAUGGGAGAUGGGAGAUGCAAGUUGAGCGCACGCGUAGUGGACUAUCAGCUGCAAUUGACGGCGAGAGGGCAAGACACAGCCUAACAAUGUGGAGAAUGGUACUCGAGUUUGAGAUCCGUAUCGGCAACUUGAAGCGUGCAAAGCAGCUGUUUUUUCAGGCCGUCGGAGAGUGCCCACUUGUGAAGGACUUGUAUUUGCUAGCGUUCGGGGCGUUGCGAGCAGUUUUCAAUGGACACGAGCUCAAUGAGAUUGCUGACACAAUGGUGGAACGCCACGUUCGGCUGAGACGGGGUUUGGAUGAGUUCAUUGAUGGAUGGCAGGAUGAAGUAAGACACAAUGAAGAUAGCGACUCUGAAGCGGACGAAAUGCUCGUAGAUGCUCAAGAUUUUCGUGCCAGACUACCGUUUUAA